GACCCCCAGAAGCCUCUGCGCCCAGCCGUAUCCCCGCCCCCAUCAACCUCCCUUCCCCCGGCAGCCAUCACUGGACGGUUGAACCCUCCUGGCUGGAGGACAAGACUAAACUAGGCGGCUGUACGCUCUUGUGUUUCCGGCAAAGAGGUCAAAAAGAAAACCCACCGGCGAUGGAAGAUUUUGAUGACUUAACUCAGUCAUCUGAAACAGCCUCAGAGUACGGCAGGUUUUCUUGCCCUAAUUAUGAAGCUAUAUUAAAACUAAUUGAGCAUCUUAACCUGGAAUGCAAAGAUUCUGGUAGCCUAUUAAAAAUCCAAGACACAGUUCAUUCAUAUAAAAGGUUAAUCGAACUUAAGAAUAGUCACUGCAAAGCACUUUUAGGAAAACUUGGAACUGUGAAAAAUGAAGUGAGUGGACUCCAUAAGAAGCUAUCAGAUGCCGAACAUGAGAAAAUAAAGCGGGAACAAGAACUUUGCAAUCUAAGAUUUACUUUAAAACAAGAGGAGGAGAAGAGAAAAAAUGCUGACUGGGUUUAUGAAAAAAUGAAGGUGCAGCUAAGAGAAAAAGAAGAGCAGUAUAAUAAAGAAAUUAAAAUGAAACAAAAACUUGAAAUACAUGUUAGAGAACUGGAUGUGGAAUUGAAGACUGCGAGAAAUAGUCUUAAUAAAGCUAUAGAGGAACGGAAUGACAUUGAGAGGCAGCUUUUGCAAGAACAGAAUGCCAGAAUCCUGCAGGACCAGAUUCUGGCAAAUCAUCUUCACAAACAAAAGGAGCUAAAAAUGGCACAAGAGAAAAUCAGUUCUCAGUUGCAAGAAGCACUGGAUCAACAGAUAGAGCCUGCACAAUACAUUCAGAAGAUGCACGACUGCAUUCAGAGACUUGGACUUGAAAAUUGCAAAUUAAAAGCUACAGCAAGAAAGCAAGCAGAGAAAAUUGAACAGUUAAAGAAGAACCUACUAGGUAAAAUUUUGAAUGAUGAUCUUACUGCAAAACUGGAAACUGCGUCUUCCAAAUGUCUACAUCUGCAUAAAGAAAAUCAGCAGCUUCGGCAGGAGUUACUGGCUAUGAAAAUUGUGCAAAAGAAAUGUGAAAAAUUAAAGAAGCAUAAAAAGAAGUUAGAACAAGAAAUAGUUAACCUCAAAAGUCACAUGGAAAAGAAUAUGAUAGAAUGUGGUCAAAUAGAACAGUAUAAAUGGGAAAUUGAAGAGAGAACAAAGCAGGACUUAGUGGAAAAAUUAAAACAAAUCAACCUAUUUUUGCAGACACAAGCAGCCUGUGAAGACAAGCUAGAGAAGCUAAGGCACAAGCAGAACGCUUCAGUGCGGACUCAGAUGGAGCUCAGAAUAAGGGACCUGGAAUCUGAAUUCUCUAAAAUGAAGAAUCAAGUAGAUUGUAAUCAAAUCGAAAUAGAAAACUAUAAGCAACUCUACCUGCAAGAAGUCAAAAUUAGAAAAUCAUUGUCAAAUAAACUAAGCAAAACAGAUGAAAGGCUAGCAGAGGUGAAGACUAAACUCCUGCUGGAGAGGAAGCAGAGUAGAGCUUCUCAGUACAGCACCGUUGACACAAGAUCCGUGCUAGAGUCCUCCUGUCCUAGAGACCUCAGUAAUAGACUUCUCAUUGCAAGAAGUUUCUCUGGAGAAAAUGUAAUGGUUCCUACCUCAAGCCUCUGGCAUUCAGUUGAGACCAAGGAAAACUGCAAGACUAAGGUGCUACAGGAAUGGGAGCAAAGUAUAACUAGAGAAUUAAGACAAGCUACUGCUGAAUCUGGACUUCAUAGAACUUCUUCUCUAGAAUUCACUCAUAUGUGAAGUCAGAGUCUUCCUAACGGACCUAUCAGAAGAAUGUGUAGAUAUCUUAAUAUACACACACACACAUAUACACACACAUAAUUUAAAAUAUAAUAUUUUACCUUUAAUAUGUUAUUUAACUGUUCAUAAAACAUUUUUAUUAUUUUCCAAUAUGUGUAAAACAUUAAAGAAUAUUUUGCAUCAGAGAUUGGUAGUAAAAAUUAAAUAUUUUAAACUGUUUUUGGUAUUUGUAACUAAUUUUUAAGUAUAUAUUUCAAGUUAACACAUGUACCAUGGAAUUUUAUGCACUCAGGCUUCUGCAGUGCUAAUUGUCACAGUGGCACACAGAGAAAAAAUUGUUAAUGCUUUAGUGGGAUUAAAUGUCACCUUAGUGAAGACUUAUUUGCCAAUUUUUAU